UAUUUUACCAAAAUUAAAAAACAAUUCAAAUCUAGCUGUUGAUGCAGCUUUGGAGGUGUGGUUGAUAUGGAAGCAAGGAGACGAACAGGAAGUCCAGUAUACGAACGUCAGUGGAGCAGCGAGUCGGGAGCCUCUGCGGGCUCGGGAUGCUCUUCCACCUCCACCAGCAUUUCUAAUAUAAAGCGCACUCAGAACCUCGCGGCUAGAGCAGCGGCUCAACGACUUGCUCAGGUCAUGGCUACUCAGACUUCAGACAAUGGCGACGAUGAUGACGAUGACGAUUUGGAAAACAACGGCAUGAGAUUUCAUUUUGGAGCACCAAGGAAUGCUAGUACAAACAGGACUAUCAACACCAACCACCGUGCUAGAUCUUCCUCACCUGCGGUGGGCUCAUCAGCUCGCUCAACAUCUACUGGAAGGUCAGCAAACUCAAUUCGGGCGAUGCCACCUAUGCCACCUGGCACCAUGCCGUUGAGGACUGCGGUAUCAUUACCACCAAUUGAUCCUCCUACUAGUAAGAACAGAAAUAAAAGAUUUUCGUCAGAUAUGGGGAAAAUUAACCUCAAUGACAUAAGCGAUCUGCGGGAUGCUUCUGCACUUCAUGACGAACUGGAUAUGCUACAAGAAGAAAACGACCUUAUCUUUGAGAAGUUAAGAAUAGAGGAAGACAGUUGUAAGGAAGCAGAAGCUAGAGUCAAGGAGCUUGAAAAGCAGGUUGCUGCUCUCGGAGAUGGCGUAUCUUUAGAAGCUAAAUUACUGAGCAGAAAGGAAGCUGCAUUGCGUCAAAGAGAGGCUGCACUUAAAGAAGCAAAACAUGCAAAAGUUGAGAUACAUGAUGAAAUUUCAUCCCUCCAGUCUGAACUUAAGAAAGUGAAAGAUGAGGCUGCAGCUGCUACAGACCAGUUUCAGAAAGUGAAGUAUGAAGUUAGAGACUUACAUUCGAUGACACAGAGGAUGGUCUUAAAUCAACAGGAAAUGGAGGAAGUUGUUCUUAAGCGAUGUUGGCUUGCACGCUAUUGGUGUUUAGCUGCCCGUCAUGGCAUCUGCUCAGAUAUUGCAGCGUCUAAACAUGAGUACUGGUCAUCAUUAGCUCCUCUUCCUUUUGAAGUUGUAAUUUCUGCUGGACAAAAGGCUAAAGAAAAUUGCUGGGGAAAAGGGGAUGAGAAUCCACAGUGGAGAAGCAAACAUGUCCAGGACUUGAGUGAUCUAACCGGAGAAGGAAAUAUUGAAAGUAUGCUGUCAGUUGAAAUGGGAUUAAAGGAGCUGGUUGCAUUGAAGGUUGAGGACGCAAUUGUGCUAGCACUGGCCCAGCAGCGAAGACCAAACUCUGUUCGGCAAUCCAUUUCAGAUAUGAAGUCCCCUGGAGAUACAAAGUUUAUGGACGCCUUUGAAUUGAGUACAGAAGAGUCUGAGGAUGUUCUUUUCAAAGAGGCAUGGCUCACAUAUUUCUGGAGUAGAGCCAAAGUUCAUGCUAUUGAGGAGGGCACUGCCAAUAAACGUCUGCAAUUCUGGAUAAGCCGCAGUGGGCAGUCCCCAACUUCACACGAUGCUGUUGAUGUUGAGCAAGGUCUUAUGGAGCUAAGGAAACUGAACAUCGAGCACUUAAUGUGGGAAGCAUCCCGCAAGAAAGUUGAUCAGGAUCUUUCUACAACUGCUCACAUAAAGUAGCCUGGGAAGUCAAAGACUGCAAUGCUGCAGGGGAUGCUAGUCCUGGAUAUUUGUGAUUCUACAUAUGCUAGAUAUUUUCUUUUAUUUAUAUGGUCAUUGCCUGAUCUCUCAGUUUCUCUGAGAUGUAGAAUUUGCUCAAUCUCGAAGCAAUGUGUAUACGGUAGUAAAAUGGUUAAUGAAAUAAUCUUAUUUCUGAUUUCA